AUGGCGGACCCGUCCAUGCCAGACGCCAAGUCCUACGUGACACACGUCCAACGCGACCUCAGCGUCGUCCCCAAGCUCUUCUCCGACAUCCUCACCCACUACUCGGGGAUCCCGCCCGCCCAGCAGGCCGCGCACAUCAUACGCAUCCGUGAUGCCGCAUACACGCACUGCCCGUACCCAUGCAUAGGCAACUUCCGCUACCUCGGACUCGACCUCGCCGCGCACCCGGCCUACACGGAGCACGUCCUCGCGCCACUCCUCCUCCGGCCGCCCCAGUCUGCCGGCUCCGCUCCGGCAGAGCCCGAACAUCACGGCGGCGGCGGACCCGAGGGCGAUCAGACGGGCCAGCAGCAGCAAAUAGCAGAUGACAGAGGUGACGCCCCAAUCUUCCUCGACGUCGGCACGUGCUUCGGCCAGGACGUCCGCAAGCUCAUCUACGACGGCGCGGACCCGGCGCGCAUCUACGCCAGCGACGUGUCCCGGGUGCUCAUCGACCACGGCUUCGAGCUGUUCCAGGACGAAGGGAGGCUCUCCCGCGACCACUUCCUCUGCCCGGGGAACAUGCUGCUCACCUCCCCGGAGGACAUCGCCCGGGACAAGCUCACCCAGCUGCACGACAAGGUCAGCAUCCUGCACAUCACGACCGUGUUCCACCUGUUUCCGCUCGAGCAGCAAAAGGCCGUCGCGGACCGCUGCCUGCGGCUCCUGCGCAAGGACAUCCCCGCGGACGCAAAGUCUGGCCCGGCCCUGAUCUUGGGAGGACAGGUCGGCAACGCCCAGCCGGGACAUUUCCUGCGCAAGAGCCAGAAGCACUUUAGUCACAUGUACAGGCACGAUGUGCAGAGCUGGCAGGACAUGUGGGACGAGGUUGCUGCACGGCCCGAGUGGAAGGCGAGAAUCAGCAAGUUGGACGUGCAGUCGAGGCUGGUAAAGAGAGUCAUGGACCACGAAGCAGGGACCAUUACGUUCCCGCAGCCGUCCGAGGCGGACCUUGUGGACAAGGACGGCGGUAGUGCGCCGUUGUGGCAUCAGUUUGAGGUGCGCGUCGUAUUUGAUCAUUGA